GCGAAGUUCAUUUGCAGAGCAGUGUAGCUGAGAGAGAGAUGUGUGUAAGUAAGUGUGGAAGUUAGAUAGAGAGUGCAAAGUAUGAAAAACAGAGGGAAAGAUAAACGAUACUUUAUUAAAGGCAAACGGUCUCCGUGAUUUCAGCACCAUUCGUGAGAAAAGAAGUGAAGGAAGGAUCGGUUGGCCGUGAUAAACGCGAGAAGCGCCGUGGAACUUACAGAGUUGAAUCGAAAAAGGAGGCUAUAACAUGUUUGUUCUGGAGACUCAGUGACCUUAAAGGAUUGAUUAACGGACAACUGGGUGGCUCCUACUGUGCGAGACUGCCCAACCGCCUAGGCACCUGGGCUGAACGCGAGGGAGUUGUGUACAAGAACUUAAAAAUUAUAUGUAUAUCUUAGCAAGCAUUCCAGACGGCAGCGAGUUUUUUGGAUUUUUGUGAUUGAAAAAAUUUCAGCCUUGGGGACACCCGUGAUCACUGAACACUUGCUGCACCAAAGACGGUGCAACGUGAGCCAUGGCCAUGUACGAGUCCAGCGGUAUGGGGGACGUGGCUCAGAAGAGGUUCAGCGGCGUGCCUCCACUGUCCCCAGCCGCAUUCGUAAACGCAGCCCAGUACGCCAACGUUCUUGAGGGCAGAUUCAAACAACUACAAGAUGAACGUGAGGCUGUUCAAAAAAAGACUUUCACAAAAUGGGUAAACUCUCACCUUGCAAGAGUGACUUGCCGCAUUGGUGACCUUUACACAGAUCUACGAGAUGGCCGAAUGCUUAUCCGCUUGUUGGAAGUGUUAUCAGGAGAGCAGCUGCCCAAACCAACAAAAGGACGUAUGCGAAUUCACUGCUUGGAGAAUGUAGACAAAGCUUUGCAGUUCCUCAAGGAGCAGAAGGUGCACCUAGAAAAUAUGGGCUCUCAUGACAUUGUGGAUGGAAACCACAGACUCACAUUAGGCCUCAUCUGGACCAUUAUCCUACGUUUCCAGAUUCAGGAUAUCAGUGUAGAGACGGAAGAUAACAAAGAGAAGAAAUCUGCCAAAGAUGCACUGCUUCUGUGGUGUCAAAUGAAGACUGCUGGCUACCCUAAUGUUAAUGUCCACAACUUCACUACAAGCUGGCGUGAUGGCCUAGCAUUUAAUGCUAUAGUUCACAAACACAGACCUGAUUUAAUUGAAUUUGACUCUCUCAAGCGAUCAAAUGCCCAUUAUAAUUUGCAAAAUGCUUUUAAUGUGGCCGAAAAGGAGCUUGGCCUUACCAAGCUGUUGGAUCCUGAAGAUGUUAAUGUUGACCAGCCAGAUGAAAAGUCCAUUAUCACUUAUGUUGCAACUUAUUACCACUAUUUUUCCAAAAUGAAAGCAUUGGCUGUGGAAGGCAAAAGAAUUGGAAAGGUUCUGGAUUAUGCAAUUGAAGCAGACAAGCUGAUAGAGAAGUAUGAGACUCUUGCUUCAGAUCUUCUCCAGUGGAUUGAGCAAACCAUUCUAACUCUCAAUGACCGGCAACUUGCUAAUUCUCUUAGUGGUGUACAGAACCAACUGCAGUCAUUUAAUACCUACCGUACUGUGGAGAAACCCCCAAAGUUUACAGAAAAGGGGAAUCUAGAGGUGCUUCUAUUUACUAUCCAAAGUAAAAUGAGAGCCAACAACCAGAAAGUGUACAUGCCACGUGAAGGAAAAUUAAUCUCCGAUAUCAAUAAGGCAUGGGAGCGUCUAGAGAAGGCAGAGCAUGAAAGGGAACUUGCACUACGCAAUGAGCUAAUUCGUCAGGAAAAGCUGGAACAGCUUGCAGCUCGUUUUGACCGCAAAGCAGCAAUGAGGGAGACUUGGUUAAGUGAAAACCAGAGGCUUGUGUCACAGGACAAUUUUGGAGUGGAUCUGGCUGCUGUGGAAGCUGCUACACGAAAACAUGAAGCAAUUGAGACAGAUAUUAGUGCUUAUAGUGAAAGGGUGGCGGCUGUAGUUUCUGUGGCCAAAGAGCUACAGGCAGAGAACUAUCAUGAUAUUCGUCGGGUACUGGCAAGGAGAGACAAUGUGCUUAGGCUCUGGGAAUACCUGCGUGAGUUGUUAGCUGCUCGUCGUGAGAGAUUAUAUCGUAAUCUGGAUCUUCAGAGAAUAUUACAGGAGAUGAGCUACAUCAUGGAUUGGAUGGCAGACAUGAAGGGACGCCUGCAGUCACAGGACUUUGGAAAACAUCUUCAUGAUGUCGAGGACUUACUACAGACUCACACACUUGUAGAAGCUGAUAUUUCUGCACAAGCAGACAGAGUGAAAGCUGUACGAGAAGGAGCAGAAAAGUUCACUGCAGAGACGGAAGGUUACAAACCUUGUGACCCUCAAAUUGUAGUUGAUCGCAUAACACUCUUAACUAGUGCAUACCAAGACCUUGGAUCAUUGGCUGCUGAACGACGUGGCAAACUGGAAGAGUCCAGACGUUUGUGGAAGUUCUUCUGGGACAUGGGUGAAGAAGAAGCUUGGAUCAGAGAACAAGAACAGAUCCUGUCCACAGAGGACUGUGGCCGUGACCUCACGUCUUCCCUGCGACUGCUUAGUAAACAUGAGGCUUUCCGGCAUGAAAUGUCAGGUCGAUUUGGCCCUCUGGAGCAAAGCAUUGGCGUUGGAGAAGUUUUAGUAGAAGAAAAUCAUUUUGGAGCUGCUCAGGUUAAAGAACGUAUUCAGGAGAUUCGGGCUCAGUGGCACCACCUUGAAGAGGAAUCACAGAAACGUGAACAGCGACUCCGUGAAGCUGUUGCAUUAUAUCAGUUCCAGGCAGAUGCAAAUGACAUGGAAGCCUGGAUUAUUGAUACACUAAGAAUUGUUUCUAGUCCUGAAGUGGGUCAUGAUGAAUAUUCUACCCAGACUCUAAUGAAAAAACAAAAGGAUGUGGAAGAGGAGAUUCUGAACCAUCGUGCUAUUAUAGAUUCUCUCCAUGAACAGGCACUGAGUCUGCCACCUGAACAAACACGUACACCUGAAGUUGAAGGUCGCCUACCAGCUAUAGAGCAGCGUUAUGAGGAACUUGUUUCAUUGGCAGCAGCCCGACGACAUGUUUUACAAGAUGCACUUUCCCUGUAUCGCAUGUUUAGUGAGGCAGGAGCCUGCCAGCUUUGGGUUGGUGAGAAAGAACAGUGGCUUAAUGGCAUGGAGAUCCCUGAAAAACUUGAAGAUCUAGAGGUUGUACAGCAACGAUUUGAAACCCUUGAACCUGAAAUGAAUGCUUUAGGAACCAGAAUUGAAGAUGUGAAUCAAAUAGCACAACAACUCAUUGAUGCGGACCACAGGAGCAGAGACGAAAUUCGCACCACUCAAGAUCAGCUAAACAAAAGAUGGAGUGAUUUUCAAAUGCUUGCUGAUCAGAAGAAGCAGGAGUUGCACUCUGCACUUAAUAUUCAGAACUACCACCUUGAAUGUAAUGAGAUUAAGUCUUGGAUGCGGGAGAAGACUAAAGUGAUUGAGUCAACACAGGGGCUGGGUAAUGACUUGGCUGGUGUUAUGGCUCUACAAAGAAAACUGACUGGAAUGGAGCGUGACUUAGAAGCUAUUCAAGGCAAACUGGAUGAUUUACGAAAUGAAGCAAACAAAUUGGCUGAGGAACACCCAGAACAGGCAAGUCAGAUCCAGGGGAGGCUGUCGGAGAUUCAGGAAGUUUGGGAUGAUCUUAAUAACACUAUGAAAAACAGGGAAGAAAGCCUUGGAGAAGCAAGCAAGCUGCAUGGCUUUUUAAGAGAUUUGGAUGACUUUCAAUCAUGGCUAUCACGUACACAAACUGCUAUAGCAUCAGAGGAUAUCCCUACAUCACACCCUGAGGCUGAACGGCUACUCAGUCAGCAUAAAAGCAUCAAGAAUGAGGUGGACAACUAUAAGGAUGACUACCAGAAAAUGUGUGCUGUUGGAAAGGAAGUAACUCAAGGGCAAACAGAUUCACAGCAUAUGUUCCUCAGUCAGAGGCUGCAAGCUCUUGACACUGGCUGGAAUGAGCUUAGGCAAAUGUGGGAGAACCGGCACAACCUUUUGGCUCAAGCUUCUGACUUCCAAACAUUCCUAAGAGAUGUGAAACAAGCUGAAGGUUUCCUCAACAAUCAGGAGUAUGUGCUAUCCCACACAGAGAUGCCUAGUACUUUACAAGGAGCUGAGGCAGCUAUCAAAAAACAUGAAGAUUUUCUCACCACCAUGGAUGCAAGUGAGGAGAAAAUAAAUGGAGUUGUUGAGAGUGGUAGAAAGCUGAUAAGCGAAGGCAACGCUAGUGCAGAUAAGAUCCAAGAGAAAGCGGAUUCUAUACAAGGAAGACACCAGAAAAAUCGUGCUGCUGCAAAUGAACUUCUUGCUAAGCUUAAAGAUAACAGAGAGUUGCAGCACUUCUUGCAGGAUUGUCAGGAGCUCACGCUCUGGAUAAAUGAGAAGAUGCUUACAGCCCAAGAUAUGUCUUAUGAUGAGGCCCGGAAUCUUCAUAGCAAGUGGCAGAAACACCAGGCCUUCAUGGCUGAGCUAGCCUCUAAUAAGGACUGGCUGGACAAGAUAGACAGGGAGGGAAAAGCAUUGGUGAGCGAGAAGCCAGAGCUAGAGCCAGUAGUGACACAGAAACUGUUAGACCUUCAAAAGCUGUGGGAGGAGUUGGAAAAUACAACCAAGACUAAAGCACAAUGCUUGUUUGAUGCCAACCGAGCAGAACUGUUUACCCAGAGCUGCUCUUCUCUUGAGUCUUGGUUAAAGAACGUUGCUGGACAGUUGCAGAGUGAUGAUUAUGGGAAAGAUUUAACUAGUGUCAAUAUCCUUUUGAAGAAGCAACAGAUGUUGGAGAAUCAAAUGGAAGUUCGAGAAAAGGAAGUACAAGCACUAAAGAGUCAGGCUGUAGCACUGUCUCAGGAGGAUGCAAAUACUGUAGAAGUUGAUUCCAAGCACAAAAAAGUAUACGAGACCUUUAUGCAGCUCCAGGAACCACUCCAGGCCAGACUUUCUAAGUUGCUAUCUUCCAAAGAGGCACAUCAGUUCAAAAGAGAUCUUGAAGAUGAGAUUCUAUGGAUAAAGGAACGUAUGCCCUUGGCUAUGUCCAUGGAUAAUGGAAAGGAUUUGCCCACUGUUCAGCUUCUCAUGAAGAAAAACCAAACUCUGCAAAAAGAGAUUCAGGGUCACCAGCCUCGCAUUGAUGACAUUCAGGCGCACGGGCAGAAAAUGAUACAAAAUGAGGAUGGUGACGCUUUGCAGGGCAGACUUUCUGAACUUCAGGAUAUGUGGCAACAUCUCAAGGUAGAGGUGGAUCAGAGACACAGUCGUCUCUCAGAGGCUCACAAAGCUCAGCAGUUUUAUGCUGAUGCUGCAGAAGCUGAGGCUUGGAUGGGAGAGCAGGAGCUUCAUAUGAUGACUGAAGAGAAAGCAAAGGAUGAGGAGAGCGCAAUGGUAAUGGUGAAGAAACACCAAAUUGUGGAACAGGCCCUUGAAGACUAUGCCCAGACUAUCCACCAGCUAGCCAAUAGUAGCCGACAGAUGGUAACGGCAGAACAUCCAGAGAGUGAACGCAUUACCAUGCGUCAGGCUCAAGUAGAUAAAUUGUAUGCCGGCCUAAAGGACUUGGCUGAGGAACGGCGUGGCAAACUUCAGGAGCGGCAUAGACUCUGCCAGCUGAAGAAAGAAGUGGAUGACCUGGAGCAGUGGAUUGCUGAGAGAGAAGUGGUGGCUGGAUCACAUGAACUAGGGCAGGAUUAUGAACAUGUCACGAUGCUACGUGAUAAAUUCCGGGAGUUUGCUCGUGACACAAGUACCAUUGGACAAGAGAGAGUUGAUGCAGUGAAUGCCCAGGCAGAUGACCUGAUUGAAUCGGGCCACUCUGAGAAUGCCACAAUAGCAGAAUGGAAAGAUGGACUCAAUGAGGCCUGGGCAGACCUCCUAGAAUUGAUUGACACCCGGACGCAGAUGUUGUCAGCCUCUUAUGAGCUUCAUCGAUUCUAUCAGGAUGCCAAAGAGACUUUAGGUCGCAUUCAGGAAAAGAAAACUCAGUUGCCUGAUGACCUAGGUCGUGAUCUCAACAGUGUGCAGCACCUUCACAGACAGCAUACAACUUACGAACAUGACAUACAAGCCCUCAAUGGACAGGUCCGACAAGUACAGGAUGAUGCUGCACGCCUUCAAAAAGCCUAUGCUGGUGAGAAGGCUGAAGAUAUUCAAAGGCAUGACCGCAAUGUGGCAGAAGCUUGGGCAGCACUGUUAGCUGCAAGUGAUUCUCGACGCCAGUUACUAUUAGACACUGUUGAGAAGUUCCGUUUCUUCAAUAUGGUUCGUGACCUCAUGCUUUGGAUGGAUGGAGUCAACCUUCAGAUUGAUGCACAUGAGAAUCCAAGGGAUGUUUCAUCUGCAGACCUAGUCAUCAAGAAUCAUAAUGAUAUCAAGGCAGAAAUAGAGACGCGGGCAGACAACUUUACUUCCUGUAUCGAAAUGGGCAAUACAUUGCUUGAAAAAAAGCAUUAUGCUUCCGAAGAGAUUAAAGAAAAACUGAACCAACUUCAGGCCAGACGAUCAGAGAUCAAUAAAAAAUGGCAGGACAAAAUGGAAUGGCUGCAGAUAGUUAUGGAAGUCCUUCAGUUUGGCAGAGAUGCCUCAGUAGCCGAAUCUUGGUUAGCUGGUCAGGAACCAAUUGUUAGGGCAGCUGAAUUAGGCUCCAAUGUAGAUGAGGUGGAAAGCCUGAUUAAAAGACAUGAGGCCUUUGAAAAACUGGCCAGCAGUUGGGAGGACCGUUUUAGUCUUCUGGAAAAGCUGACAACGCUUGAACAACAGGAGUUGCAGAGGAAAAGAGAAGAAGAAGAGAGAAUGAGAAGGCCUCCAACUCCACCUGCUCCUGAACCAGAAGAUGUCAAGCCUUGUGAACAGCAGCCAGGAGGAGAGGAAGAGGAGCAGAAAUGGGUGGAAUUGGAAUCCACUGCUGGUAUAAAGCAUGAUCAAAUGACAGUGGAUCAAUCUGUGGCUGUGAAUGGAGUACACAGUGAUCAAGAAGCUUCCCAGCCAGUGUCAGUGACCAAGAAAACUGGGGAUAGUACACUGUCCCAGGAACCUGGCUCAGAAACUGAGUCUGUCAAUGGUUCAGGCAGAGAUAGUGGCUUGGCAGAAUCUUCUCGCGUGGAUUCAAAAAUAGAACCAUCAAGCUCUGCAACAAUGCCAGCUAAAACCUCUACAGAGACUGCUGAUGGUGAAAUCAUAGAAGGAAUUUUAUGUCGCAAACAAGAAAUGGAAUCAUUCACAAAGAAAGCUGCAAGCAGAUCUUGGCAGAAUGUGUACUGUGUCCUUCAGAAAGGAGGAAGUCUUGUGUUUUAUAAAGAUGCCAAAAGUGUUACCAGUGGAUCCAUGUACCAUAAUGAAUUGCCAAUCAGCUUAACUGAAGCUACAUGUGAGGUAGCUCAUGACUAUAAGAAGAGGAAACAUGUUUUUAAGUUACGGUUGAAUGAUGGAAAAGAAUAUCUGUUUCAGGCAAAAGAUGAUGUGGAGAUGAAUGCUUGGAUUCAGUCUGUUUCAACAGCCAUUUCAGCUGCAGGGAGUGCACGGGAGAGUUGUGGCGAGAGAUCUCCUGGAGCCCCCAAGGGCUUGAGCCGUGCCAUGACUAUGCCUCCUAUAUCGCCAAGCAGUGCAGAAGGCGGAGGCGUUGUAAUGAGGAAUAAAGAAGGCAAAGAAAGAGACAGAGAAAAAAGGUUCAGCUUCUUCAGCAAAAAGAAAUGAGCGCCUAAAUAGCAAGCAAUUAUUAUAUAACUUCUUUUGUUUUUUCUCUUUAAUUCCCUGUGGAUAUUUGGGCUGAAUUUAAUUUUUGAGAACAUUUACGUUAAUGUGACUCUGAAGGACAUUGUGUUUUUCAUUUUUGUUAUUGCUUUUAUUUUUUUAUUUUUUGAAAAUAUUUUAAACAAAUAUUUAAGUAUAUUAUGAAAAAAGAAGAGGAUGGUAAAGAAGAUGUGGAGAUAAACUGAUCACAUUCAAUUCUAUAUGCUUAAGGCAAAAAAAAAAAAAAAUGAGGAAAAAAAAAGUGAUGCAAAGCCGUUGUGUAAUUUUUAUGAAGUAUUUACACUGGCAUCCAGGCAUCACUCACUACAAUAACAAUUGGAACCAAGAAAUGCAGUUUGAAAACAUGAUGUUUUAAGAAAUGCUUUAUAUAUAUUAAAAUAUAUAUAUAAUAUAAAAAUAUGGAAGAGGAGGAUAUUUUAUGAGUAUUAACAACAGUUAAGAACUGCAGUGUUGCAGCUGUGCAUGUUUAGUUUGCAUUUCUAUUCUUGGGUAAAAGAGAAGGUAACACUCACAGGUUUUAUUUAAGAUUUUUUUCUUUCAUGCAUUUUUUUUUCUUCUUUAGCCUUUUAUCCUUAUUGGGAAUACAUUUGUUGUGGAACACUAGUAUGAAAAGUUAAUAUAAGGCGUGAAGGGGUUAAUUUUUGUAGGAUGCAGCUGGCAGUGGUAAGGUAGUGUUAUCCACACACACUAUAUAAUAUAAUAUAAUAUAUAUAGUGUGUGUGUGUUUAAAUGUAUAUCUCUAUGUGGAGAUAUAGCAUAUACAAAAUAUAUAUAUAUAUGAAAUAUUAAAAAAAUAUCUCCUGCAUUUAUGGAAGGUAACUAACCUUGACAUGCAAUGGAGAACAUUGCCUAUAAAUAUUUCAGAUAUGCAGGAUAAAAGUAUGCCCUACAAAAAUUUGUUGAAAGAAUGUUUUUCUUUUUAUAAAUUCAUUAAUGGUAAUUUUUUUUUUUUUUUUUAAGCCAGAGUAAGAGUAAAAAUGCACAAAAGGCACAGUGGGCAGGCAAGCCACAAUGGUAUUUCACUAGCUGUUCUAUUCCUCCUUGGAGCUAAGCAUCAGGGAAGUCUCAUAACUGACUACAUCAUAUGCGGCUCCACACACACACACACACAACACAUCAACUGAGCAGCCCGGACCCUGCUUAUUCAUGUCCAGGGUAAAGACUUGACACAUUGAUGUUUGUGUAAAGUCUUCCACAAUGGGAUUAACCUGCACAUUAAAAGUCAACAUCCAAUAGAUAAUUAAAAUGCCAUAUUGUGAAACUGCUAACCAUUGUGCUGUGCUUUUUAUGUGAAACUGGACCUGCCAUGUCAAGUAUGAUCAUUGCAUGCUGGCAAAGCAAGCCCAUGUUAAAUACUGGAGUUGUGGUUAUCAGGAUUCAGUUUACAAUGGAGUCUACAAUAUUGUGACUUUGGGUUUGAUAAGUGUGGGAUGGUUUGUGGUGUUGGAAAAAGAAUGAGGCAAAUACUUACUUCAUUGUCCUUUAUCAGUGAAUGGAAAUAGUUUUGUUCCUCUGCUGAUUUCCAGAUGCUUUGUCAUGCCUGGUAUAGUCUCCAACUUGAAUUCUUUUUAUAAAUAAAGUGCUAAAUAUCAAGAA